UCUAACGCCUUCAUCCAUGUCCUCGCCAGCACACGUCGCUCGUGGGUACCAACACAAGUGCCCAAGGGACUUCUAUCUCUCGCGUCCUCGAACUUGCCUCCGGCCCUGGAGAAGAUUCUACAAACAUGUCGGGCCAGGCUUCCCCCGACUCUUCGGAUCCCUUCAAGGACGCAAAUCCUUUACCACCACCUACCCAAGGAAAGGCCAGUAGUUCGGCCUCUCCGACCCUGCGCCAGCAUCAAACACCUCCAACAUGGAUACCUAUUGCACCCAUUCAGUCACAUGUCAGCAUGUUCACGGGACGAUCUGAUGCUGAACCACCGGUAUCGCCUUCGCUAUCGGCAAGAUCGGAUGAAGGCAAGUUGACAUUGAGUCCAGGGUCUAUUAAUCGUGUCUUCCCUGUCCGUUCGACCGUUUCCAUCGAUCCCGUCGCUACUCCAAUGCCUCGAAUGGAUUUAGCUGGUGGUUAUCCGGGGAUGAGACCUCCGACUGGCUCUAGAACCGCGAGCCGCAGUAUUCUGGGACGUGUGUCCACUUCCACAAGGCACGCGUCAAUAUCGGAAGCGUCAGAUGCUGGCUCUAUGACCCCUUCUUUUGGAAAUGUCGACCAUCAGCUUCUGAAUAAUAUCAUUGCGGAUGAUGUCUCCAACAAGUCGGAAAUCUCGAGCUUGUCCGGUGGGGUACCACUCUCAGCAGCGUCGGAACCAGGGUUGGUCACGGCACGCUUCAAGCAUGUUGUGACCGACGGUGGCCAUGCUGUAGUUACGGGAAGGGAUGGGGAGACGUUACAGAGAUGCGAAGAUGAGCCAAUUCAUAUUCCUGGCGCCAUUCAGAGUUUUGGUCUUCUCAUUGCUUUCCGCGAAGAGAACGAAAAGCUGGUCGUACGUGUGGUCAGCGAGAAUUCGGCUAAAAUUAUCGGAUAUACCCCUCAUCAACUUUUCAAACUCGAAUCAUUCCUCGACAUUCUCAGCGAAGAUCAAGCAGACAAUUUGCUGGAUCACCUGGACUUUAUCCGCGAGGAGGGUGCAGGAGAUGUGGUCGCAAAUGGACCGGACGUUUUUCUCCUGUCGAUCAAACCUCCGCAGGCUCGAACCCGGAGAUUAUGGUGUGCCAUGCACCUGUCCGAGACAGAUUCCGGGUUAGUGAUCUGUGAGUUCGAGAUCGAGGACGACACAAGGAAUCCGUUGGUUUCGCCAGAGGACAUCACUCCACCAGUCCCUGAAAACACUCUUGGAAGUAAUCCUACCGUGGAAGAACUCAUGGACAGCACUGUCAACAUUAGCAAACCCUUACGCGUAUUGCGGAGCGCUCGUAAGAAGAGAACCGAGGCAGCAGCAAUGGAAGUAUUCAACAUAAUGUCCCAGGUACAGGAACAACUUGCCAAUGCGCCAACCCUACAAACCUUUCUUAAAGUCCUCAUUGGGAUUGUCAAAGAACUGACCGGCUUUCAUCGUGUCAUGAUAUACCAGUUCGACAACGCCUGGAAUGGGAGAGUGGUUGCAGAACUGGUUGAUCCUCGAUCGACCAAGGACCUGUACAAGGGCCUGAACUUUCCCGCAUCCGACAUACCCAAACAGGCGCGAGAUCUGUAUAAGAUCAACAAAGUCCGCCUGCUCUACGAUCGAGAUCAGGAGACAGCCCGACUCGUGUGCAGGACCGUGGAAGACCUGGAGAAGCCUCUCGAUAUGACACAUGCCAACCUCCGCGCGAUGUCUCCGAUCCACCUGAAGUAUCUCGCCAACAUGGGCGUCCGGUCAUCCAUGUCGAUCUCAAUCAACGCCUUCAAUGAACUGUGGGGAUUGAUUUCUUGCCAUUCAUAUGGAGCCAAGGGGAUGAGGGUGUCGUUCCCCAUCCGCAAGAUGUGUCGGUUAGUCGGUGACACGGCCUCUCGAAAUGUGGAACGACUUUCCUACGCUUCCAGGUUGCAAGCUCGUAAACUUAUCAACACCUCCUCUACCGCAACAAACCCGUCGGGGUAUAUCGUGGCCUCAUCCGACGACCUAUUGAAAUUGUUCGACGCUGAUGUCGGUGCACUAUCUAUUAGGGAUGAGACGAAGAUCCUGGGCCACCCCCGAGGCCACCUCCAAGAGGUCCUUGCCAUGGUCGAAUACCUUCGGAUGAGAGGGAUGAGCGCCGUGUUCUGCUCCCAGGACAUCAGCAACGAUUUUCCUGAUCUGCGAUACGAACCGGGCUGGAAAUUCCUGGCGGGUGUCCUUUUCGUCCCUCUGUCGACUGGUGGCAAUGACUUUAUUGCUUUUUUCCGUAAAGGUGUGUUGCAAGAAGUUAAAUGGGCUGGCAAUCCCUACGAAAAGUUCAUCAGGGAAGGAACUGAAGGCUACCUUGAACCCAGAACAAGCUUCAAAGCGUGGAGCGAGACCAUCGUAGGUCGAUGUCGAGACUGGACGGACGAGGAGAUAGAGACAGCGUCGGUCCUGUGUCUUGUCUACGGCAAAUUCAUCGAGGUCUGGCGGCAGAAAGAAGCGGCCCUUCAAAACAGUCAGCUCACUCGUCUUCUGCUUGCGAAUUCCGCGCAUGAGGUUCGCACCCCGUUGAAUGCAAUCAUUAACUACCUGGAGAUCGCGCUCGAAGGCCAGCUGGACCAGGACACCCGAGAGAACCUGGCUAGGUCCCAUUCCGCCUCGAAAUCGUUGGUUUAUGUCAUCAACGAUCUGCUGGACCUCACGAAGACAGAAGGGGGACAGACCCUGGUCAAGGAUGAGCCUUUCAACCUCCCUCAGACCUUGAAGGACGCCUCUGAUCCUUUUAUUGGCGAUGCGAAGCGAAAAAAUCUACAGUACGAGGUCUCGAUCCAGCCCGAGCUGCCUCAACAGGUCAUGGGAGAUUAUCGACGAGUUCGACAAGUGGUGUCUAACCUCAUUGCGAAUGCGAUACAGCACACAAAAGAAGGAAAAGUCGUCGUCGAAGCGUAUACUUUGCCCACUGCACAAGCGCAGGGCAAGACCGAGAUCGAAGUCGUCGUCGAGGAUUCCGGGGUAGGGAUGUCUCAGACCAAAGUCGACGCCUUGUUUAGAGAACUUGAAGAAGUUUCCUACGAAGAGGAUCUGCAGAGCCAUACAGCCAUCACGAGUGAUAGGUUCGUCGAUAAGGCGCAAUCCGAAAACAUGGCUCUCGGUCUCGGGCUCGCUGUUGUAGCACGUACCAUUCGGAAUAUGAAUGGGCAGUUGCGAGUGAAAACGGAAGAGGGAAAAGGCUCCCGAUUCGUCAUUGUUCUAAGCUUUGAUAAUGGAGGGUCCAAGCCCGCUCAACUCGACCAUCGUCCUCAAUCAUCAGGUGCAGUUUCUCGACCUUCCACUUCUGGAGGACACCGUGAAGGCGAAGUCACCUUGAUCUACCAGAACCUGCCAAAAGCCUCCGAGCCGCCUCCCUUGCUUCGUAGAGAAAGUGCUGGGAGCAUGAACAGCCUGGCAAGUCUGAAGAGCGGAAAGAGUGGGCUCAGCCUCAAAAGCGAUGCGAGCCAGAGGAGUGACGCGGACAGACUCAUUGACGCUAUUCAGCAGCCUUUGCACCUGGCUGAGCAACCGAAUAGCAGUUCUAGUCUUAGCGCCAAAGACUCUCGCCGCAUCUCUCUAAAUCUAUCAGAAGCCUCCCCAAAUGCUCCCAAAUCGAAAAGUCUCCCCUCUCCAAGAGAACUGAAGUUUGCGUUCUCUCGGACACCAGGGUCCGAGAAGAUAAAAGACUCUGGGACUCCUCUGCGACCUAUCCGAGUACCUAAUAACCAGCCUGAACAGCCGAGCGGAUCAAUAUCUGGCCCCAAGGUCCUUUUCGAAGAGCCGGAAUCUGUAGGCACAAGAUCUGAUACAACCGAAACGCCGAAAGCAACAUCAUCCGAUAACUUCUCGGUCCUAGUCGCGGAAGACGACCCCAUCAACAGCAAAAUAAUGAGGAAACGUCUAGAAAAGCUUGGACACGCGGUCCAUCUGACGGUGAAUGGUGAGGAGUGUUCCUCGGCCCACGGUGAACAGCCAGCCUCAUUCGACGCCAUUCUGAUGGACCUUCAAAUGCCCAUUGUGGACGGAUUCAGCUCCACAAAGAUGAUUCGGUCAUUCGAGAAAACCCACGGCAAGUCGUGUCUCUCCAGUAGAGCUGGGCACAACGGACGGAUUCCUAUUUUUGCGGUCUCUGCUUCGCUUGUCGAGAAGGAGCACGCCAAAUAUGUGCAAACAGGCUUCGACGGGUGGAUAUUGAAACCGGUGGAUUUCAAGCGUGUGGACUUGCUGUUAAAGGGGAUUGUCGACGAGGACGCCCGGAACGAAUGUGUCUACGAGCCGGGCAAAUGGGAGAGGGGAGGUUGGUUUUCCCCGCGGGACGAACUACAAGACCCUUUUGGUAUCAACACCAAGCCGAGUCAGGAGAAGCCUACCAAGCAAACAGAACAAAGUGAUCACGAAAUGUCGGGAACCACAUCGGCCGAGCAAUCACCACCUUCAGAGGCAACUGUUGUGCCAGUCAACGAAACGACAUGAUGAAUGCUGCCGGUGGAGGAGUGAGGUAUACCCUCGAACAGUCUGGGAGUCCCUUGGAGGAAUGUAUCCUGCCUCAUUCCUAGAUAUUUGAUACGAUACGUGUGUAUGAAAUGUGUCACGAAUUGUGCGACGAGUCCUCUUUUGAAGCAAGGAUCAAACAGGUCGACGUUGGG